UUGAAUAUUGGUAUUUCUCAUUAUUUUAACGAUAACCUUACGACUACGAAAGCACGUUGCAUGUGUUUUAGAUGCCACUCACACUGAAACGCCGCAUGAAAAGUAAGAGAAACACGUUUCCAAUUUCCUACACUGGAAUUAGGAACUAGGAAACGUACAGAAAUAUCUAAGUCAGUGGGGAAUUAGCCAGUUGUUUUCCUACAAAGAUUGUAUCAAAAGCGUGACGUGUUGUUGUAAAAGUAUUAUGCAAUGUAGACCACAUGUGACAAUGGUGUUUCCCCAUGUCAUUGUGCCGGAGCACGCUACGGAACGCCCUGUAUAUAGACGUAUGCGGAAUUGGAAGAUGGCAGUUAUUUCCAAGAGUCUGGUAAGAUGGGUCCUCAGGUUCUAUGUGUGGUGAUCGCAGGGUGUCUGGUCCUGGCAGCCGCGGAGUACAGGAACGAUGGUUUUGAUUUCAGAGGCUUCGUGCCCAGUUUUCAGCGGACUGAGGACCAGCUGGCUGAACCUUCAGCCAGGGUUGAGAAGAACAGAGACGAGAGAGACAACCAGGCUGACAGGACACAGAGAUUUGGCAUCUCCUCUUAUGGCAGCACCGGGGGUGGUGGUUAUGGCAGCACAGCUCCUGGCCUAUACGGACCUGUGAAGAUAGAUCUUGGAGGAGUUCUCAUAGGGUCUAUACUGGGCUUCGGAGCAGUCAUCAUCCUGCCUAAGAUUAUACACGCCUUAUCAUACAGCUAUGGUGGUGGAUAUGGACGUAGUCUAGAAACAGACUUCGGCCAAGUAUCAGAGGUGUUUGGCAAGAUAGACGAUAUGCUGAGCAGAUACAACGUGGACUCCACGGCUUGUAUGCAAAGGCUCGCCUGUUCGUAUGUGCAGCUGGCGAACGAGAACAUGGUGAACGGGAAUGCUACUGACUUUGAUGUGCUUUUGUCUUCUGUGUCCAACAAUACACUGGUAAGCCGAAUGCUGGACGGCACGGCAGUCUUCGAAGCAGUGUCAGCAGGGCGGUCGCUGGACUCCGACUGCCACUCACUCUAUCACAAAUGUAAGCUGGACAAGAAAACAGUGGUCAAAAUGCUCACCCAACUUGUGCCCUCGUAAGCAAAAACAUGAUGA